AUGUCAACGUCGCCAGUCUCUGAUGGAAUUCUUAAAAUUGCUACACAAUACUCGAUUUAUUCUGGUUCUAUUAUAAUUAGUUUGGGAUUUAUUGGUAAUGUGUUGAAUCUUCUCGUUUUUACUCAAUUGAAACUAUUUCGAACUAAUCGAUGUGCAUUCUAUAUAAUCAUUGAAACAAUUUUCAACUUCAUUUAUCAGUUUGUCUAUAUUAGUUUAACUGUUUUAACAUCAAUAUAUGGAGAUGAUGCAACAGGACGUUCUUUCAUCUGGUGCAAACUAAGAUAUAUAUUAGGACAAACAUGUGGCCUCACUACUUUUUACAUGAUAUGUUUCACUGCUGUUGAUCAGUUCUUUUCGACAAAUCAUCGUUUCAAUUUAAGACAAAUGUGUACAUUGAGAUUAGGCCGAUAUUUUACUCUUGUAUUCAUUUGUUUUGGAAUCAUUCAUAGCACUGUACUUGGUUGUUCUUAUAGUAUUCAUUCAACAUUGGGUUGUGUUCUAUCGAAUUAUGUAUGGGUUCAGUACUCAACAUAUUUCUUUUAUCCAGUUUUAUUUGGUUUCUUACCUAUUGUAAUUGCAUCAUUAUUUAGUAUCUUAGCUUAUCAUAAUGUUCGUCGUAUAGUUCGACGACAACUACCAAUUGUUCGUCGUAGAUUAGACAAACAAAUAACAGCAAUGGUUCUGAUGCGUGUCAUAGCCUAUGUUUGCUUGGUAUUACCUUAUAAUGCUUAUCGUAUCUAUUCCAUUAAUUUUCCUACACCACGAAGUAUGCCUAUGGCAUAUGCAGUUGGUCGAUUGAUUCAAGCAAUUCUUCUGUCUAUGAACAAUACAAAUUUUGUUAUCAACUUUUAUAUCUUUAUAAUAUUCUCAUCACGUUUUCGUCGUCAAGUAAAAUUUGUGUUAGUAAAAAAAUGUUGGCAUCGAUGGAAAUAUUGGUGUUGUCACGUAAAUAAUCAAAUUGAACCUGACAACAAUAUCGAAGGACGUAAUUCACAAAUGGAAUCUGAGGAAAAUAUCUAA